CGAAAAUGGGGAUUGCCAUCGGUGAAUGUAUGUCCGCUCCCUGUCUUGCGGCAUAGCAGGUUUCCAAUCACGCAUUUGCAUGUAUUUUUUUCAAUGGAAAAGGUUGCACAGAAUCACUACAAGCUUUGCUCAUGAGCCGGAGUUCGUCCAGACGUUCGUUCAAAGCAUGCAAUUCUUUAUGGCUGGCUUAAGAAGUUGCGAGGCCAGGAGCAAGUGGAUUCUUGCAGAAGCACACAUGGAUGAGUGAAUGCGACCUACCCACUGGACUCAGUUGAACUGGGAAUGAAGACAAUGAUGACAUCCAGCAAUGAUGAAACUGAUUAUUUUCUUAAUCUAUGUGAUGAUCCCAUCAGAUUCGAACCUGCAAGUGCUAUCAACAGUGUCUUUUAUGAUGAAUGUGGGAAACAGGUGUUUGCAGUUCGAUCAGGAGGAGCAACUGGGGUGAUUGUGAAGAGUCCUGUGAAGGACAACAAUCACACAUUCCAAAUGGAGGACAAGGGCUCAUUGGCAUCCCUGAAGCUUUCGCCUGAUCAGAAAAUACUUGCUCUACAGCGGCACAAAAAUUCUGUGGAAUUCCUAAAUGUGGUCAACAAUGAGCUGAGCUCCCUGGAAUAUUCUCAACAAUGCAAAGGCAAGCAUUCCAUCAUCCUUGGAUACAUCUGGGUCUCAGCACGGGAAAUUUUAUUCAUCACCAACAAUGGACUUGAAUUUUAUCAUGUUCGUUUUGCCAUUCUGUCUUUGUCUGUAUAUGCUGAGAAACAAUCUUUGAAAUGUUUGAAGACACUCAGUAUGAAUGUGGCAUGGUAUGAGCACAGUGCCAUCACUGACACCAUGUUGGUGGCAACUGGAUCUGCCUUCCACCCUGUACUCCUCUGUCCUGGCAAUGUUGUUCGCCUACCAAAGUUUUCUCUCGACUCACAACAUACAGUUACAGAGAGAGACGUUGCCCUGGCUCAAAUAUAUGGAGAAAACUCUGUCCUCUUCUUGAAACACCAGCUUCAUGGCUCUGUUUCAGUCACUGUAGAAAUUGUGAUCUACACAGUCACCAGGGAGACUGGAGCAAAGAAGUCCCAUGUUUUGAAAGUGGAUCAAAGUGGAAGAGUUGCCAUUAAUGUGGUUGAUAAUCUAGUCAUCCUUCAUCAUCAGCCAUCCCAAACCUCCUUGACAUUUGAUGUCAACUUACCUGGAGAAUCAGAUGGCUAUGUGAUCUAUCAUGAACCAGUGACCUUUCCACUGCCUAUCAAGCCUCAAGAAUUGGAUGGAAGUCCUUGCACACUAUACUCUACCAUGUGGGUGGCCUUUCAGCCAGAUGUGAUCAUUGAUGCGAAGACAGGGUCACUUUGGCACUUGCAUCUGAAUCUUCCAGCCAUUGUUCAACAUAUAACAAAUAAACUGAAGCUGGUGCAAUUCCUAGUGGGUCGAGGGGGUCCCAUGGCAAAGAGCACGCUGUUGCGAGUUCUUUACCUCUCCAUUUCACCUGAGAUUGGUCCAGGAAUGUGCAUUUUGGCCAAAAUUUUUGAUCUCCUCAAUGGCAUGUACAGGGUACAUCUGGAUAAAACUGUCCAGAGUCAGAUGGGUUUGCCUGCUCAUGGAGGACCAAAACUGCCUCCGCUACCUGCACAGGUCCCUUUUCACAUGAUGGUGUGUGAUCAGAGUGAUAUGUACAUGCAUGUCUUCCUCACCCUGGUGAAUGAAUACAAAAAUACAUGCCCCACAAACAUUCGAUCUGCCAUGAUUGAAUACUUGCGUUCCCUUGGUCAGUUUCACAUCCCUGUCCAGCAUUUCAUCAUAGAACUCCUCAUUGACAAUCUUGUGACAGACUCAGCUUUCUAUCAGCUUCAUCAAUUGCUUCAGUACAAUGUCAUUCCAGACUCAAAGCCAAUGGCAUGCACCCUUUUGGCAUUGAGAAGCAUGUACGAACCUGCUCAUCAGGUGGCAUUGGACAUGUUGAAGCGACUUGGGACUGCCAAUGAGGAAAUCCUAGAAAUCCUCCUUUCCAAUUUUCAGAUCAUUUCAGCAAUCAGGUUUAUGGAGGAGGCAGAGGGAAGCUUCCAAUCUUCAUUUGCACCAAAGAAAUUCUUGGAAGCAGCGCUUACAAAUGGGAAUCCUCUAGUCUUUCAUUCAGUAUUCAAAUACUUGCAGAUGAGGAACCUGAAUCUUCGUAACAGUCCUGAGUUCAUUCCAAGUGAAGCUUGUGAUGUCUAUGUGAAUAAAUUUAUGGAGAUGUUUGGUGCAGAUGCGUGAGAAGGUGAAUUGUGAUCCAUCUUGUGAUUAGAGAUUAAGAGCAUAGUGAGAUUUUAUUCCCUUAGUGUGGGGAUUUCAUAAUUUUAUUGUUUCAUGGUUCCAAUAAAGUUGAU